AUGGCUCCGGAGAUUGAACGUGAAGACGAGGACGCAGAAGAGGACAAGCACCUAGCAAGGCCGUAUGAUCCCUUUCUUGCUGAUAGGUACUUGUGCGGCCAAAGCUUCCUGACGUUCCUUCUUUUCUACUUUGAGCAUGUCCCUGGUCUCAAAGAGUACGCGAGACGGUUGAUGGACCCAUCCCCGCAGCUUCGGCCCUCUCUUCGCGAGUGGUACGAAUCCGAUACUAGAAGUGCCGAUGCUCAGGAUGGGGAUGGACACGAAUGGGACGGUCAUCCCUCCAAGAAUCGGCGUGUGAUGAACAUCAGUG